AUGGGGUUAGCUAGAAAUCCUAAUAUAAGAAGUGGAGAUUCUUUAGAAGGAAUGUUGAGUGACUAUAUGGGAGGAAAAGCAGCAAAAAUGAGAUCACAAAAAGGUUCUUCAACUAAAGUUGUGACAAUAUUAACUUGUUUACAGUUUUCUUUUGCUGUUUAUGCAACAUUUCUUCUGUAUUACAUGAGUCCAUCAAUAGAUUUAAGUAGUAAACCAGAUUUUACUUGGGCUACGCGUAUCGCUCAGUCGUGGAAACACUUCAUUAUACCUCCACAUGUUGUUAGUCAUGUUGUUGAGUCAAAAUCAAUUGUUGAUGUUUGUGAACAUGAGAAGAUUGAUUUUGAACAGAAGAAGUCUAAUGAUGCACUUAUGAUUAAGUUGAAGACAGAGUUGUAUCAAGAAUUGAGGGAUUUUCAGAUCAAGAAUCUUGGUGGUACUGAGACACUUUCUGAGUUGAUGUUAAUGAAGUCUAAAUGGGAUUUACGCGGUCCAAACAAGCCGAAAAUCACUGUGAUAUUGAAUCAUUUCAAGAGGAAAACACUGUGUUCUCAGAUUGAUUCUUUACUUGGACAAACACUUCAAUUUCAUCAUGUUUGGGUUGUCGCGUUUGGAAGUCCUAAUGAGGAAUCACUCAAGAGGAUUGUAGAUAGUUACAAUGACUCGCGUAUAAGUUUUAUAAGUUCAUCUUAUGAUUUUAAGUACUAUGGAAGGUUUCAAAUGGCUUUGCAAACAGAAGCUGAUCUUGUGUAUAUCGUAGACGAUGACAUGAUCCCAGGGAAGAAGAUGUUGCAGAUUUUAGCACAUGUUGCAGGAACAGACAAGUAUAUGAAUUCUGUUUUGGGAAGUAUUGGUAGGAUUUUGCCUUUUAGACAGAAAGAUUUCAUUUUUCCGAGCUAUAGGAAGUUUCGAUCCAAGGAGGCAGGGCUUUAUUUGCCUGAUCCUGCUUAUAAUAUCACUGUGGAUAGAAUUGUUCAAGCGGAUUUCCUAUCGAGUUCUUGGUUUCUUUCUGCUGAACUUGUCAAGACACUUUUCAUCGAGACGCCCUUCACUUUCAUGACAGGAGAAGACUUGCACUUAAGCUAUCAGCUUCAGAAGUACAGAAAUGCUGGUUCAUUUGUGCUACCAGUUGAUCCAAAUGACAAAGAAACAUGGGGUGACAGUGAGCACAGACUUGCUUAUGUAUCCGAAACCACUGUUAUAUUCAAGGACACGGUUCAAGUCCGAGAUGAUCAGUGGUGGAAAGCACUCUCUACUGGUUACAUAACGCAAUGGGCAGCAAUGAAUCCUCAGAAGAUUGAUGUACUUUUCUACACCCAUUCUGUCGAUGAAGUUAAAGCUCUCGCGCCUCUUCUUGAGAAGUUCAGGUCAACAGUUGGAAAAAAGGCCUACAUUGUUGUCUCAGGAGGCAGUUUCUGCCCUUGUGAAGAUGCUGCUGCAGCUUUGAAAUGGCCUAAAGUAGUAUGCACAGAAAGGAGGUUCAAGAUUAUGGAUUUAGGAGUUGGGGCAUUAUCUGGGAUAUCGAAUUCAGAAGUCCCCGUCGUUCAAGCAGUCUAUGCCAGCAUGAAAGGACUAAUCAAGAUUCACAACCCGAGCCUCGUGAUCACAGUAGCUGAUGCAGAUUCUAAUGUGAUGAAAGCACUCAAGAUGGCUGUAGAAACUAACACAAACAGUUCAAAAUUGGUUCUUCUACCUAGAUCAUCUGUCACUAAGGUUCUUUGGAUGGCUGAUCUUCGUUCCACAGCAUUGCCAAAUUGGAACCGUAUGACGCUUUCUAUAAACAUCAUCACACAGAACAGAGCUAAUUCACUAGCAAGGCUUCUCAAGGCGCUGAGUGACGCGUACUACAUAGGUGAUCAAGUUCCUAUAACUUUCAACAUGGAUAGUAAGGUAGAUGAGGCAACUAUAAAGCUUGUUAACUCAUUCAAUUGGCCUCACGGAACCAAAACUCUUCGAAGAAGGAUCAUCCAAGGAGGCCUAAUUCGAGCUGUUAGUGAGAGUUGGUACCCCUCAUCGGAUGAUGAUUUUGGUCUGUUACUCGAAGAUGACAUCGAAGUCUCCCCAUACUAUUACCUAUGGAUCAAAUAUGCUCUGUUGGCCUACCACUAUGACCCUCAAAUAUCACUCCCUGAGCUCUCCUCCAUCUCUCUUUACACGCCACGUUUGGUGGAAGUUGUUAAAGAAAGGCCUAAAUGGAAUGCAACUGACUUCUUCAAACACAUUCAUCCAAACACACCAUAUCUCCAUCAGCUGCCUUGCAGUUGGGGCGCGGUGUUUUUCCCCAAGCAAUGGAAGGAAUUCUACGUCUACAUGAACAUGAGAUUCACGGAAGAUCCAAAGCAAAAUCCAGUACAGAUACCAAAAUCAAGAACUAAUGGAUGGCAAGCUUCUUGGAAGAAGUUCUUGAUAGACAUGAUGUACUUAAGAGGAUACGUUAGCCUUUAUCCGAACUUUCCAAAUCAAAUGAGCUUUUCAACAAACCAUAUGGAACCAGGAGCUCACAUAGCAGCUAAGAACAAUGUAGUUAAACAUAACAAGGCAGAUUUUGAGGUGCCAUUGAUCAAAGAAGACUUCAAGAACCACUUACCUAAUGGGAAAAUGCCUCAAGCUUCGAAGUUACCUUCGUUGAAUCUCUUCAAUCAACCUGUUUCAUUAAAAGGCUUAAAGACAGCAGGAGCAAAACUCGGAACAGACGUACUACAAUGCAGUCCAACGGAGAUAGUAUCCGUUCACCACGAUACAGGUUUACCAUCACAUUGUGCAAGAUUCUGA